AUGACGGAUGAAACGAAGUCCAUUGAUCGAGAGACCUAUCCACAUGGCGAGACAAGUUAUUUGGGAAAGUCUGGUUUCUUAUCCAUCUUUAUUCAUGUCCAAAAUCAGAACCCCAAAAGGGAUAAUUCUUCGGACUCUGCAAAGCCCGAGCCAACCGUGCCUUCACCAUCAAGGCAUCUGUUAUUCAGCUUUAUGGACACCUACUUGGAAUUCUGCUACACGUGGUGCCCAAUCUUAGAAAGAGAGGAUAUUCUCAAGGAUCCUGGAUUGGAAAGCUCCUCGCUUCUUAAACAGGCAUUGGCACUGCUGGGCAGCCAGAUUAACCCACCCCUCCUGAAGCACGAAACGCCGGCCAAGUACUAUGAGAAUGCCAAGUCUCUUUUCUAUGGCAAUUAUGAGCGGGAUCCUCUUUGUCGCAUAACAGCCGUCAUGUUGAUGUACUGGUGGAGUGCCGGACCCCCAAACAUCGUCAGCAUGGACUCCCAGUUCUGGUGGACUGGGAUCGCGGUGAAGCUCGCCCAAGAAAUCGGAUUGCAUCGAGAUCCUUCUAAAGAUCAAGUGCUGAGGCCUGGAGAAACAGCAGGUCUUCGACGCCGCAUUUGGUGGACGUUAUUUGCUCGUGAACGUCUUACCUCAAUCUGUCAGGGUCGACCCUGUUCUAUCAAUCCUAGUGAUUGCAACGUCCGUCCACUGACGCUGGAAGAUUUUCCGGCCGGAAAAUCACGGCAAGGGGAAAUAUUUAUUCACUGGGUCCGACUUUGUGAGAUCGUUGGCCGGGUGGCUCGACAUCUCAAUUCCCGAACCGACUGGCAACCGGUCCCAGGAGACAUCAGUGAAGACCUUGUAGCUUGGGUAAAUUCGUUGCCCCAGAACAUGGUGCCUCCAUUCCAACCGAAUGCUGGCGCUUUUGACCGCGAGGUGAAUCAGCUCUUCUUGCCUUAUCUGUCGGUCAUCACUCUUCUCUACAUGAAACGGUUGACCCAACCGUUACCCAAAGCAUACACAGCUGGAAUCCUCGCCGCUUCAUGUGUUGCACGUAUAUUUGAGGAUUUCCUGGCCCGUGGGACCCUCAGGUUUCUGCAAGGCGUGGCGGGUUGGUCGAUUGCGAUUGCCAUCUUGGCUCUCCUCCAUGCUCGUCGUGUUGAGUGUCUCAAAGAGCACGCAGAACAACACCUGGAAAUCUUAUUCACAGCCUUGAAGGAGAUGGCAAAUCACUGGCACUCGUCAAAGAUGUUUGUCGCCGGAUUCGAGAGUUUGACGGACAGCGAUUCCUUCAUGUCAACCGCCAAAGGCCGCCCAGACACUCAUCCACCUCCAACGCGAGCAGAACUUGACGACUGUCAACUAGACUAUUUAGUGGAAUGGGACGGCGUGAGCUACCUCGACUAUUUUCCAGGCGCUUCUGCCCACACAAGCGCCAUGUUCAACAUCUUGUUAAAGUAUGACCCUCCUAAUCUAUUCUCAGACAUCCUGGUCCCGAACGACGUCAGUAUGCAGUAUCAAGAUCUUUUCGACGGUGUCUGGUUGGAACAGUCUUAUGACGUGGAACAGAUGAUCUAA